CAACAUCACAGCUGUGCGCAACCCUAACACCUUCAACCUCUCCAUACCGAAAGUCCGCGGCAAUAGGACCCCCGUAAUUGGAACGAAUUAACUCUGUCCAUCGACAGGAGUGAGGGGUUUGGAAUCCUCAUCGCGCAACCGCAAUGGCGCGCGGCCGUCCUUCACGAGCUGCGGCUCGUCGCAGCACUCCCUUGCGAGUAGCCACCCCACCGCCGGACUCGGACGAUGAAAUGAUUGAUGCGCCAGAGUCGCGUGCAGAGACUCCAGCCGAGGAAGAGGAUGAGGCCGCGACACCGGCGCACGAGAGCGAGGAGGAAAAGGCGCCCUCGGAGCGAUCAUCACCACCGGUCGUUCAACCGUUCCCGCGUAAGAAGCGCCUCGGUCGCCCACCAAAGAAUAGGCCGCCGGACUGGAACGUCAUUCCUGAUAACGUCUCCGAGGGCGGCACACCCAUCAAGCGCAAGCGUGGCCGUCCUGCUGGGGGAGGAUUCCGGGGCCGACCCCGAGGAGUCCCAGCUGGGCCAACGCGGGUUGCCAUCGACAAGGAGGGGACGAUGAUGGAUGUUGUAAAUGACGAAGUUGAUCUACCGGAUGACCCAGAAGGAGAAACGAAAGUGGAUAAGAUGGGAAACCUACAGGGUGGCCGAGAUUAUCGUGUGCGUGUCUUUACCAUCGGCGGAAGAGGAGACCGAUUGUACAUGUUGUCGACCGAGCCUGCCCGUUGCUGUGGAUUCAGGGACAGUUAUCUUUUCUUCACAAAGCACAUGAAGUUGCAUAAGAUUAUUAUCGACGACACGGAAAAGAGGGAUCUCAUUGAUCGCGAAGUCAUCCCACAUUCUUACAAAGGCCGAGCUAUUGGUGUCGUCACCGCGCGAUCGGUAUUCCGAGAAUUUGGCGCACGCAUUGUUAUAGGAGGAAAGAGGGUCAUAGACGAUUACUACGCCCAAGCAGCGAGGGAGCGAGGCGAGAUCGAAGGCGAGAUCGCGGAGCCCCACGAUAAGCUACCCCCUCCAGGCGAACCCUACAACAAGAACCAGUACGUCGCGUGGCAUGGUGCCAGUGCUGUGUACCACACAGGCGUGCCUAGUGUUCCCAUCACCAACGGAAAGCUUCCUGUCGGUCCCAAACGAAAGGUCAAUAUCACUUCAGCCAACUGGCAAUUCGAACAUGCCCGCUCUGCUAGUCGCUUCAACUCCGUACUAUCUCAAGUCCGGAAAGAAAACAUGCAAGGCAUCUACGAUCCCCACACGAACUUAAUGUGCUUCCCCAAGAUCACCCAACCGACUCACGCCCGGUGGGAAGAGGUGCCCCCCUCCGAGUCCGACGUGCCCAGCAUCGUCCGGCGAAACUACCUCAUCGUCGACCGCGUCUACCAAAACCCACCCUUCACCGGUCUGGGCAAUCCGGGUGCCGACGCCGACUUCUGCGACAUAGGCCCGAACGGGCUCCCCAAGGUCGACGACGAAGAUCUCGAGAAGAUGACGCCUGAGGCGCGCGCGGCCUUUGUACAGGCAAAGAGCGCAGAAGCAGAGUGGAGGAACCAGUGGCAAACGGAGCACGUCGACGGGAAGCGAGCGAAACUCAAGAUUGCAUUCACAGGCGUUCCGGUCUAAGUUCGUUUCAAACUGCCGCUCUAUCAUCAAGGCAUAAGAAAGAAGUGUGGUUUUUUUUUUCAUUUUCUCCUUUUCACAUUAAUGUUGGGGGCGAUCAGGAAUACCAAAGUUUCCAAACACAACAACGUGUAUGUGUGUAUGUGUUUGUGUGUAUCAUUAUAGGUAGUUAUAGGAUAAUGAUUUCGAAUGG